UGGGCCCAAUACCUGGAGGAGUUCAUGGCUGGCAGAGUGGCCUAUGGUUCCUGGUACGACCACGUCAAGGGCUACUGGGAGCGCAGGAAGGAUCACCCCAUUCUCUACCUCUUCUACGAGGACUUGAAGGAGGACCUCCGCCGGGAGGUUGCCAAGGUGGCCCAGUUCCUGGGGCAGAAGCUGUCGGAUGCGGCGCUGGACACCAUCACCCGACACACGUCCUUCGAGGCCAUGCGGGACAACCCUGCCACCAACUACACCAGGGUGCCGUCUGACAUCAUGGACCACAGCGUGUCGCCCUUCAUGCGCAAAGGCACCACUGGAGACUGGAAGAACCACUUCACCGUGGCGCAGAACGAGCGCUUUGACCAGGACUAUGCGCAGAAGAUGUCAGGCACCGACCUGUGCUUCCGCACUCAGAUUUGAGGGGACACCACCGGACGUACCCCAAAUUCAUCCUGUGCUGUGGUGGCACUGCUGCCGUUGCUUCCUCUCCCCUGGAACUGCUGGAGAGAAAUAAAAUGUGCUUCUUGACCCUG